AUGCUCGUUAGCUGGAAGGAUUUGGUUAAUUUCAGGAGCAGGGAUCUCUGUUACUCCAUGUGUGUCCGUGUGUCUUUUUCGGCUCGCUCCAGUUUCAUGUCGGUUUCUGCAAUUGAUCCGCCCUUGGAGUCCGUGCACUUUCUGCUGAUUACUUUGUGGCUCUGAUCGGUUACCUUUCAUCUCCUUCUCUCUUCUCUUGUCUCUCUCUCUCUCCUCCAAGCGAACAGGAGGAGGAGAAGGAGGAGGAGGAGAUGCUGGGAUUCCUUCGGCGGACACUCGGGCGCCGCACGGUGCGCCGACACGCAGAUAAGGAAAAGCGAAGGGAAGCGCAGAGAUCAGGCACGCACAUCCCAGCGGCCGGAGACUCCCGAUCCAUCAUCACCUGCAGGGUCUCGCUGCUGGACGGCAGCGAUGUCAGCGUCGAUUUACCGAAAAAAGCGAAGGGCCAGGAGCUCUUUGAGCAAAUCAUGUACCAUCUCGACAUCAUUGAAAAAGAUUACUUUGGCCUUCGGUUCAUGGAUUCUGCUCAAGUAGCGCACUGGUUGGACAACACCAAGAGCAUCAAGAAGCAGGUGAAAAUUGGCCCACCGUACUGUCUUCAUUUGCGGGUGAAGUUUUAUUCCUCUGAGCCUAAUAAUCUUCGUGAAGAAUUAACAAGAUACUUGUUUGUAUUACAGCUGAAACAGGACAUUCUGAGUGGCAAGUUAGAAUGCCCUUUUGACACAUCGGUCCAGCUGUCAGCCUAUGCCAUUCAGGCUGAAGUGGGUGAUUGCGAUCCUUCUGAGAACGGCCCAGACUUUGUGUCAGAGUUCAGAUUUGUGCCGAAUCAGACUGAAGAGAUGGAGCUUUCCAUCUUUGAGAAAUGGAAGGAAUGCAGGGGACAAACACCAUCCCAGGCAGAAAUGAACUAUCUCAACAAAGCUAAAUGGCUGGAGAUGUAUGGAGUGGACAUGCACAAGGUUAAAGGAAGAGAUGAAAAUGAAUACAGCCUGGGCCUGACCCCAACAGGAGUGCUGGUAUUUGAAGGCGAAACAAAGAUUGGACUCUUUUUCUGGCCCAAGAUCAUCAAACUGGAGUUUAAGAAAAGCAAACUCACUCUUGUGGUGGUGGAAGAUGAUGAGCAGGGCAAAGAACAAGAACACACCUUUGUAUUUCGGCUGGAUCACCCUAAAGCUUGCAAACACCUCUGGAAAUGUGCUGUGGAGCACCAUGCGUUUUUCCGACUGCGGGGACCUGUCCAGAAGAAUUCAAACCAGCUAUCCUUUGUGCGGAUGGGCUCCCGGUUCAGAUACAGUGGCAGAACAGAGUACCAGACCACCAAAAUCAAUAAACCACGACGGCAAGUGUCCUUCGAGCGCCGGCCCAGCAGACGUUAUUCAAGAAGAUCGACGCAGCAGCGAGCCAAUCCUUUCAACAGACACUUGGAACCAAGUUCUCACAGUAACGCAGCAAGCCAGAAACUUCUCUCCCAGGCCGCGAUGAUGAGGUCAGCUGCCCCUGUUGUUGCAUCGUUACCCAGUGCCCCUGUACCAAUUGAAAUUGAGAACCUACCCAGAAGUCCAGGCCUCAACCAUUCCGAGAAGCGGAGGCUGCCCCGUGCUGAUGAUUCCAAACCCGCUGGAUGUCCAUGGAACUUGCAGGCUCUGCCCACUGCCGCGGACAGAAACUACACUGAGUUUGUCUAUGAGCAUAACCUGAAGAAUGCAGCAGCACAGUAAAAUCAAUGCCAUCCUUUGUAAUCCCAGCUCAAGGAAAGGACGCUUUCAGUUGUCUCACCUCAGUGAUAAGUACGCAAUGACUGCAGACUGGGGCGAGAGGAGCUACUGCCUGUUCAAUGAUGCUACGCCAAGUGGUUCCUUGAAUGGGGAGGGGGGAGGUGGGAUGGUUGGUGGUGGUAAGUGUGAGGAAUGGAAAGAGGGAUGUUCAUUGAAAUCUCUUGGUGAUGUACUCCUAGCUAAAAGAAUACUGCGUGCAUUUUAUCUUGUCAGUUUGCGUGCAAACCAGGUGAGCAGGAAGUAAGUGGCUUUGUCAGAAUUAAAUGGCCAUUUUCCCAUGAAUAAUGCCCCCUUCCUUCCCCCAAACCCAAGACUUGCAUUGAGAAUUUCCCUCCACAAUGAAUUGUACCCAGUGACCACAUAUCUUCAAAUUCUCCCCUUAUUUGCAAUCUGUGCACCCAACAUGCCUCGAAUCCAACAGGUGAUGUUCUUGGAUUUUGAAGAAAAAGAAUGUUUUUUUUGGAAAAUAUAAACUAUUCGUGCCUGCUUUGAGAUUCCUAAUUGUGGGGGGAAAAGUAACAAUUAAAUGAGUGCUAUCUUGGCUUGUUGAGCAGGAAAGAUGUGCAGAGAGCAGAGUAAUAAAAUAGCAAUGGUUCCAUGGUAGUCCCAGGUUGAUGUCCCUUUUAAAAGUGUGUUUCUUAAAAAUUGUCAUUUGACAGCUCACCAAUUGGCAGUCCCGCUGUUUCUCUUCUUUUUCUCUCUCUCUCUCUCUCUCUCUCCCCCCCACCCCAUGUCAGGAAUUAUCAUUUAAAAUGUCUGGGGUAUUGUUUUCUUGAGAAAACAUGCUUUUCUGACACAGGGAAUUAUGAUUUCUACCCUUUCUUGUUCAGUUCAAACAGCAAGAAUGUUAUUGGGUGCUAUCUUCCUUUCUCCCCAUCGAAGUCUUUGUUUAUUGAUUUCUAACGGGUGUGGAGCGGUGAAGCUACACCUUGUGUAGCAGCAUGCGCCUCCACAGGACUGGAUGCUUUGAAAGAGAACCUGGCUGCUCUUCACCUUCCUGUUAAUUUGCACUCAAACUUGUUGCGCAGCGAUACAAUAUUGGCUGUGGUGCUGCUUUUAUUUUUGUAAAGGGAAUUAAGGGGCUCGGAGAGAGGGGGAGAGAAAGUUAACAUGGGUGUAUUUAUACAGGAGGUGGGUGAUGCAUAUAUGCAUAUACAUGUGCUUUAUUAGCCAAUAUCAUAUUAACUGUAAGGUAAAAGCAAAAUACUGCGGAUGCUGGAAAUCUGAAAUAAAAACAAAAACUGCUGGAACAACUCAGGUCUGGCAGCAUCUGUGGGGAGAGAA